GCGGGCGGGUGUCGGGGCAGCCAGCCUCGCCGUCCGUUUCGCGCCGCCGGCCCACGCCACAGUGUGUGUUGUGGACGGCACCUUCUCAGACAGCCCAGUAGAACCGAGCUCGGCGCCCGGCAGCCUUCGACGCGAUGUUCCGCCAGAGCUUUAACCGUUUUUGUGCUGGAGAAGAGAAACGAGUUGGUACACGCACAGUAUUUGUUGGCAGUCAUCCAGUUUCAGAAACAGAAGCGUACAUUGCACAAAAAUUUUGUGAUAAUAGAAUAGUCUCAUCUAAGUAUACACUUUGGAAUUUCCUCCCAAAGAAUCUGUUUGAACAGUUUAGAAGAAUUGCAAAUUUUUAUUUUCUCAUCAUUUUCCUUGUACAGGUCACAGUAGACACACCAACUAGCCCAGUUACCAGUGGACUUCCACUUUUCUUUGUUAUAACUGUUACAGCCAUCAAACAGGGAUAUGAGGAUUGGCUGAGGCACAGAGCUGACAAUGAAGUCAACAAGAGCACUGUUUACAUUAUUGAAAAUGCAAAGCGAGUGAGAAAAGAGAGUGAAAAAAUCAAGGUCGGUGAUGUAGUAGAAGUACAGGCAGAUGAAACCUUUCCCUGUGAUCUUAUUCUUCUAUCAUCCUGCACGAUUGAUGGGACCUGUUACGUUACUACUGCAAGUCUUGAUGGGGAAUCCAAUUGCAAGACACAUUAUGCGGUACGUGACACCAUUGAACUGUGUACAGCCGAAUCCAUUGAUACCCUCAGAGCAGCAAUUGAAUGUGAACAGCCUCAACCUGACCUCUACAAGUUUGUUGGCCGAAUCAGUAUCUAUAGUAAUAGUCUUGAAGCUGUUGCCAGGUCUUUGGGACCUGAAAAUCUCUUGUUGAAAGGAGCUACACUAAAAAAUACCCAGAAGAUAUAUGGAGUUGCUGUUUACACUGGAAUGGAAACCAAAAUGGCAUUGAACUACCAAGGGAAGUCUCAGAAACGUUCUGCUGUUGAAAAAUCCAUUAAUGCCUUCCUGAUUGUGUAUUUAUUUAUCUUACUGACCAAAGCUGCAGUAUGCACUACUCUAAAGUAUGUUUGGCAAAGUACCCCAUAUAACGAUGAACCUUGGUAUAACCAAAAGACUCAGAAAGAGCGGGAGACUUUGAAGGUUUUGAAAAUGUUUACCGACUUCCUGUCAUUUAUGGUUCUGUUCAACUUUAUCAUUCCUGUCUCCAUGUAUGUCACAGUAGAAAUGCAAAAAUUCUUGGGCUCCUUCUUCAUUUCAUGGGAUAAGGACUUUUAUGAUGAAGAAAUCAAUGAAGGAGCCCUGGUUAACACAUCAGACCUUAAUGAAGAACUUGGUCAGGUGGAUUAUGUAUUUACUGAUAAGACUGGAACACUCACUGAAAAUAGCAUGGAAUUCAUUGAAUGCUGCAUAGAUGGGCAUAAGUAUAAAGGUGUAACUCAGGAGGCUGACGGACUCUCUCAAACUGAUGGACCCUUACCAUAUUUUGACAAAGCAGAUAAGAAUCGAGAAGAGCUCUUUCUGCGUGCCUUGUGUUUAUGUCAUACUGUAGAAAUUAAAACAAAUGAUGCUGUUGAUGGAGUUACAGAGUCAGCUGAAUUAACCUAUAUGUCCUCUUCACCAGAUGAAAUAGCUUUGGUCAAGGGAGCUAAAAGGUAUGGGUUCACGUUUGUAGGAAUGCGGAAUGGUCAUAUGAGAGUAGAGAACCAAAGAAAAGAAAUAGAAGAGUAUGAACUUCUUCACACCUUAAACUUCGAUUCUGUCCGCCGUCGUAUGAGUGUAGUUGUGAAGACUCAGUCAGGAGACAUACUUCUCUUUUGUAAAGGAGCCGACUCAGCAGUUUUCCCCAGGGUGCAAAAUCAUGAAAUUGAGUUAACUAAAGUCCAUGUGGAACGUAAUGCAAUGGAUGGGUAUCGGACACUUUGUGUAGCCUUCAAAGAAAUUGCUCCAGAUGAUUAUGAAAGAAUUAACAGACAGCUCAUAGAGGCAAAAAUGGCCUUACAAGACAGAGAAGAAAAAAUGGAAAAGGUUUUUGAUGAGAUUGAGACAAACAUGAAUUUAAUUGGAGCCACUGCAGUGGAAGACAAGCUACAAGAUCAAGCCGCUGAGACCAUUGAAGCCCUGCACGCAGCAGGUCUGAAAGUCUGGGUGCUUACUGGGGACAAGAUGGAGACAGCCAAAUCUACCUGCUAUGCCUGCCGCCUUUUCCAAACCAGCACCGAGCUCUUGGAACUGACCACCAAAACCAUCCAAGAAAGCGAACGGAAAGAAGAUAGAUUACAUGAGUUGUUGAUUGAAUAUCGUAAAAAGUUGCUGCAUGAAUUUCCUAAAAGUACUAGAAGCCUUAGAAAAGCAUGGACAGAACAUCAGGAAUAUGGAUUAAUCAUCGAUGGCUCCACGUUGUCUCUCAUAUUAAAUUCUAGUCAAGACUCUGGUUCUAACAAUUACAAAAGCAUUUUCCUACAAAUUUGUAUGAAGUGCACUGCAGUGCUCUGCUGUCGGAUGGCGCCGUUACAGAAAGCCCAGAUUGUGAGAAUGGUGAAGAAUUUAAAAGGCAGCCCAAUAACACUGUCGAUAGGUGAUGGUGCCAAUGAUGUUAGUAUGAUCUUGGAAUCCCAUGUGGGCAUAGGUAUCAAAGGCAAAGAAGGUCGCCAAGCAGCCAGGAAUAGUGAUUAUUCUGUCCCAAAGUUUAAACAUUUAAAGAAACUGCUGUUGGCUCACGGACACCUAUAUUAUGUGAGAAUAGCACACCUUGUACAGUAUUUCUUCUAUAAGAACCUUUGUUUCAUUUUGCCACAAUUUUUGUACCAGUUCUUCUGUGGAUUCUCACAACAGCCACUGUAUGAUGCCGCUUACCUUACAAUGUACAACAUCUGCUUCACAUCCUUGCCCAUCCUGGCCUACAGUCUACUGGAGCAGCACAUCAACAUUGACACUCUGACCUCAGAUCCCCGAUUAUAUAUGAAAAUUUCUGGAAAUGCCAUGCUACAGUUGGGCCCCUUCUUAUAUUGGACAUUUCUGGCUGCAUUUGAAGGAACAGUGUUCUUCUUUGGGACUUAUUUUCUUUUUCAGACUUCAUCCUUAGAAGAAAAUGCAAAGGUAUAUGGAAACUGGACUUUUGGGACCAUUGUUUUUACAGUCUUAGUAUUCACCGUAACUCUGAAGCUCGCCUUGGAUACUCGUUUCUGGACAUGGAUAAACCACUUUGUGAUUUGGGGUUCUUUAGCGUUUUAUGUAUUUUUCUCAUUCUUCUGGGGAGGAAUUAUAUGGCCUUUUCUCAAACAACAGAGAAUGUAUUUUGUAUUUGCUCAAAUGCUGUCUUCUGUAUCCACAUGGUUGGCCAUAGUUCUUCUAAUAUUUAUCAGCCUUUUCCCUGAGAUUCUCCUGAUAGUAUUAAAGAAUGUAAGAAGAAGAAGUGCCAGGAGAAAUCUGAGCUGUAAAAAGGCAUCUGACUCAUUAUCCACCAGACCUUCAGUCAGACCUCUUCUUUUACGAACAUUCUCAGACGAAUCUAAUAUAUUGUAACAGAAUCCGAAUCUUGAACUGCCUAUGUUAUUGUCCUACAAGCAUAUUGACAGUGGUUACAGCUAAAAGAAAGCAUGAAGAAGCAACUACAAAAAGUUAUCAUCUCAGGAUACUUGAUAUGCAACAAACUAAACCACUAUCUUAUGUCUAAGGUUCAGAAUAAAUGUCCACUAAGAUACCAAAUGACUCUCUUAAGCAUUUACAGUUAUUGUAAGUAGCCGUUACGGCCAAAGCUCUAAGUUAUGAAUUACAUGAAGGUUGAAAGCAAGACUAUUUAGAAUUUCUGGCUUUAGAUAGAAUAAAAUAACUACCAAAUGGGUGCUCUUUUAACCCAUGAACUCUGAAUGGAUUUAAAUACAGUAGUAUAAUAAAGUAGAAGUCAUGCAAUGGGAAUGAAUAGAUUUUGCUAAUAAUACUUUUUUUGCCUGGCAGAAGAAAUAGGCAAUUUGGAUCACAUUUCUUGUUCCUGCUGAAUGAUAAUGUUAAAUUAUUUUUUUUCAACAUAUGAAAGGAAUACUUGAAAAUAUGAGGACUAAAUCAGUGCAUCCGAUAGUAGUUAAUCCUUUCUGUUCGCCCACAUGCUAAUUUGGUCUUGAUAGAAUAUCCUUGCCAAAAAAUAACUUGAAAGGUGGAAAGAAUGUUAACCCUGGAUAUUUUGGCAAAAAUCAAAAGAAAUUAUUUAUUUUUGUUCUUCUGGAUUACACUUAAUGAGUGUAAGGCUACUAGAUUUGAAAAGAAAGCAUUUCCAAUCAGUAGCUCCUCAAAAUAGUUAAGAUAUAAUAGAUUUUUCCAAUAUCAGUUUUACUGGGAUCUGAGGCAAGAUAGGCAAAACCACAGUUACAUAAAAAUAAAGGCCAUUCUGAACAUCAGUCUUUUAUAAUUUUUUUUGUGGAGAGGAAGGAAGAAUAGCUUGAUUUCAAACUGUUAAUGGUUUUUAUCUGAAAGAGGUCGCACCUGUGCAUAUAUGCAACACUUUUUCUUUUUUUAACUUGCUGAUUUGGGAGGAGGAAGGGUCCAUAGCACGACUCUGAACAUGAAUGUUGUCUCUCUUAGCAAACUUGGCUAGAGUAACGGUCUAACUCUAAACCACGAGAUUCACCUUGGUAAAGUCCUUGACUUAACUGGACUAGAGGGAGGUUUUAACCUCCUAAGGAGUUCACCUAAAACAUAUAAAUGUGGUGUGUCUUUAUUAAAUGUUAAAAUUAAACACACGGGCUUCCCUGGUGGCGCAGUGGUUGGGAGUCCGCCUGCCGAUGCGGGGGACGCGGGU